AUGGCCACCAAGCCCAAGCAGAUCCGGUUUGAAGAGGAUGGGUUCGAUGAUUGGUCAGACUCCCCGGAAUCGCCUUCCCGGUCACCAACACCCAGUGUCAGUUCCUUUCAACGUGACUCUCGCCCAAAACGUGGCACGACGCGGAUUCCUUCACGGAUUGUUUCCAAGCGCGCAUUGAUACAUCUUGGAUACUCCUUUGCCGAAGAUGGAGACACCAUUAUUGUUCAGCUGGCGCUCGGACAGAAUCACAUCGAGGAACUUCUUGAACUCAGCAACAGAAUCCGAAGCUCAGAUCAAGGGACUUCUGAAGUCGGCGAUAGCGGUGAGACGGGCCCCCGAGAUAAAGAUCAAGGCUUUGACUGGAUCAACGUCAAUGCCCCUGAUACAGAGACGCCGCAUCUAGAGACGGGAGAAAUCGGAGACUUCUCUGGGAACGAGGAUGAAGAGUCGACGCUAGAUGACACGGAUUGGGACUGGGACAAUCUUGAAGGUCCAGUGAUCUACUCAGGGGUUCUAAAUCUGAACAGCACAAAAUCGUCCAUGGACAAUGACAUGAACUCUACUGCCGGAAAGCUUCUGGCUUGGAAUCAAGAAAAGUCAGAUCUCAUUAAUGGAGCUAAGACGGAGCUCAAUACAGCGUAUGCAGCAGAGUUCUAUAUGGAUCGAGCCGGCAACCAAAAGAUCACUCUUGCCUGCCCGGAAGACUACGAGUUUGGGGCUACAGAUGAAUCUCUUGUUCGGUUAAGAUGGCUACACGUACAGUCCGAGUCCUUGAAUGUUGCGACUAUGGAGACUCUUAUAUCAGACUGUCCAUACAUAUCCCAAUCACUUAGGCUAGUAGCACUUACAGUUCUCAAAGAAGUCACUGCGAAAUGUGAGAGAUCUUCAGAAAAUGGCUCUUACCUCGAACCUGGCUCAAUGAUCCAAUACAUUGGGAGAUACAAUAGCUCACUUGGGGUCUAUGCAGACGAAGACGCCUCUGAUACCGAACCUGUAGUCUUCAUCUCUUCACCUCAUCUUCUUCUUACCGACAGGCGCUCAGCCAAAAGAUUCCCCGGGAAGCACUAUAUGAGGAGUCUUCGAGAAGUUCUCUAUGGCUAUGACGACGAAACACAGCCCAAUACUGACUCUCGAGGACGAAAUUUCAAGCUUGACGAGGAUGGACCGCCCAAAUUGAAGGUCCCGCAAAUUUGGACCCUAAUAGUUGGUGCAGACCUGAUGGUCACCUUCUCAGAACUCUUGUCGCCAGAGAUACAACAAAAUCUGAUCAAGAUUGACCGGACGAAAUCAUCUGCAGGACUUUACACCGUCAGGCUCAUUAACGAACAAGACAUGUGUCGGUAUCAUGUUGUCGUUAAAGCCGACUGGAAAUAUGCACAUGCGGUGGCACUGGCACUUAAGGGGCAAGGUCCUGUAAAUGCAGCUGCUUACGUGCUAGUCAACGAUUAUUGGGGCAUAAUCACAGCAGAUAUCUGGCUGAACUUACUUGCGAGCGAGACGAUCGAGGACUAUGUCUUCGGAAUCCGAGACAAACACGAGGCGCAGCGGAGACCCAAUGAGGAAUUCCUUGCCCUGUCGGAAAAGCUUCUCACUGCGGGGAGCAGGAGCAAUCUGGGCAGCCGCGGAGCGUCGCGCCGGAGGUCCGACUCGAGAGCCACAAACCUGAAUCCGAUCGACAUGGAUAUGCAGAUGGUACUGCAUCCCGGUAUGUGGGAAUAUGGUGGUGACUCUCCGAGCCCUUCAGAAGACGGGUUAGACCAGGUAGGAAGCGACACGUUUGAAACUUCAACCCUGUCAUUUGACUUACACUUGGGCGUUGAUAAUUCAUCACUCGAUGGCACUGUUGACUUGACUACAUCCAUGUCGGAAACAAGCUUUAGGAUGAGAAACAUGGCCAACUUUGAGUCAUCUGUCUCGCUUGAGGGUGCUGAAGCCCCGAGGCUCUUCAAGCUUAAAAAGGAAACAGAAGAAUCGGAUCAGACGAGUCAAACAACUGUUAGCCCACGAUUACAGCCUGGCCAGCCAUAUGUCGAGGUUACAAACAACUCGAUCUAUGUCAACGAGGAGUUUGAGAUCGAAUCUCACGAGCAGUUCAGAAGAACACGCAGUGACGCAAGUUCUUUCAAUGGCUCGUGGACCAGACAAACUCCCGAUCGGGGAUUUGGAACAAGUUUUCUCUCCACAAGCUUACCGCCACUGGAUCUAGGCGAUCUCAACUUUGUACCGUUUCUUGCCUGGAGACUAACAUGGGACGACGACAAGAGAUCACAGUCCGAGAUUGAAAAGACCCUUACUCAGCUACUGGGUAAUCUGAAUGCUACUAUCGAGUCGGAUAGAAUGGGAAAAUGGUACAAGGCUUCUUUCGAAUGUACCAAGGGCGAGCUUACGCAGCGGCUAGCUAGCAUGCUACAAUUAUCUCCUCCCAAACCAACUGGAGAGGCAACUGAGGGCGUGGCGCAGACUAACUCGAGGCCGGACGUCAAUCCAGGCUCAAACUCUGUAGUUGACGCCGAUCUACAGGAACCAGACCUAGAGACCAGCAUUGAACAUGAGGGGUCUACUGGAAGCCUUGUAGCUCCAGCGUCGACGUUGUUUGGGUCUACCGAGAACGAAGAAAAUGAGUUGGACCCGAAGGUUGAACCCAACACAUACUUCCGCCACCCUAUACACAAUUCAUCAAGCGAAGAUCUCCGAUCUGGUAAUGACCUUUGGAAACUGAUGGAUUCCAAAGAGGACCAUGAAUCAUUCCUCCUGUCGAGAAUAUUUAGCGUUUCUCAAAGUAUGCUCAGCGCCUUUCUUCCCGACGAGGGGCGUCUCGUCCAUCAUCCGGUCUGUAAACGAUACUGGGGCUCAGUCGACGCAAUAUUGAGGGGGCUUCAGUGGUCGAUCGAUGAGAUGAAAGGAACGGAUCAGCUUUUCUGGUUUAUAACACGGCCUACUACCCCCUUUCCGCCAGGAGAGUCAGCCUCAGUCUCAGGCUCAAGAGCUCUAGGCGAUUGCGAUGAGUGCGACAAGGUGAAGAAAUACUUGUCAGCAGAAGAAGCACUCGACCAUUGGCACAAGGUUCACAUGAGAACUCCAUGUCUGCACCAAGCGAGAAAGGACCGGGUAUUUGAUGAUCCCUGUUUCGUUUGGAUCCGCCGCCAUACAGUCGAAGAAUCCCGGACUGUCAGAUCGAAGGAAGCUCCUAGGAACGAAGUGGUUUCGUGUCUAGAGCUAUUCUAUGAAGAGUUACUAGACAUGGUUGACCGGACAGAGGAGCUGCACAAGCUGGUCAUGAGCGUGACUAGCCUGGGAGACUCGGUCAACUGCCAUGACAGCCGACCUCAUCUGCCCAAUAGCCUAGUUGAGGCCUUUGAGCGGAUCGUUGGCCUUGUCGUACUGAAAGCCAAGGAGAUUUCCUGGAUGAACAGACUCACUGUCACUCCUGAUUCGUUAUACGGCCGUCAUGCUGAGCGACGCUUGAUGGAUCUCAAGAGGAAUGCGGCAGCAAUCUCAGAGCGUGUUCGCAAUCACCUCGACCGGGCGAAGGAGGACAUCAUCCUAUUGGGAACCAGUAGAGGUGACAUGGACAGGAUCAUUAUCGCACCAAUAGGCCCCGAGUUCCUGGCAGUUGCGCUGAUCAGCAAUCUGCAGAAUAACAUCUCCAAGCGAGGCACCAACGAAAAGGUCGAUCUCAUCAGUCACUACCGGAACCACACUGCCAAACUCCGUUUCAAUACCAACCGAAAGCCGAAGCGGCAGGCUUUUGUAGAGAUCCAUACUCUCGAAGAGGAGUUGGAGGCUUUGCAGAUGGUGGUCGCUUCGCAGCAAGGACUAUUGAGGGCGUACCAGAGGCUCUUUUCCCCGUUAAAUUUCAAGUACCCCACGACCGACUGGAUCUACUAUAAGGAACGAAAAUCUCUGUUCAGACUCGAGAGCAAGUGCGUGCGCAGACAGCAGCGACGCUUGGCGGAGCGCGAUAGGGCACUUGGAGUUCUUCGGAAGAAGGUGAGGGUGUUGAGAGACGAGACGAAGCAGAGAAUCGAAAUCCUUGACGAGGGCCAUGGAAAGGCGAUUCGGGUGUUUACCAUAGUUACCUUGUUCUUCUUGCCAUUGUCAUUCAUCACCAGCUUUUUCGGAAUGAAUACGACCGACAUCAGAGAUACCAACUAUGACCAAAAGAUCUUCUGGAUCUCGGCCCUCCCCGUCACGUUUGGGGUCAUAGGGUUAGCAUUUCUGUAUGGCUACAAGUGGGAUAUGAUCGCGGGAUGGGCAAACAGGACGCUGAGAUCGGCCGACAAGAGUACAGCCCCCCAUGAUUUCUUGAAUGAGGAGAUACCAACUUGGACGAGUACGGCGGAACCGAAAGAUACCUGGUUGCCAAAUCAUGGACGAGCCAGCGUCACCGGGUGGAGGUAUCGAAUGUCGUAUCUAUCCGCACGGCAGCGGCGGCGAAAGGGCAGAGUUCCUAGGAAGAAGACGGACGAUAGUCUCUUUCGGCCAUAG